AUGGCCGGCAGACGGACAGAGAAUUGCGAGCCCUCUAAGGUGGUGAAAGUCUUCAACGAUUUGAAGGGCCGCCGUGCUGCCUUGAUCAAAGCCCUCACCACCGAUGUAGCGGACUUUUACAAGCAGUGUGAUCCUGAUAAGGAAGAUCAAGCCCUUUACGGGUUUCCCGACGGGCAUUGGGAAGUCAAAGUUCCUGAAGAAGAACUGCCACCCAAACUUCCAGAGCCCACAAUCGCUAUUAACGUUUCCAAAGAUGAUAUGCUGUCUCAAGAAUGGCUAUGUCACGUUGCUGCAAACAGCGACGCAUGGUUGCUUUCUGUGAUGUCUUACUGCAGCGCAAGUCUCAAGUUUAGCAAGGAUGAUAGGAGACAACUUUUUAAUAUGAUAAACGACCUUCCUACAGUACUCGAAGUUGUGUCAUCUGGUACGGUUGAGAAGCCAACGGAGGUGAGGUCAGCAGUCCUGAAUAACAGCAGCAGCCAUCCUGGACCUAACGUUGGGACACAUAGAGAUCCGGAACCGCAGAGCAAGGGCCAUCAAGCAGCUGUUCAUCCAAAGUCUGAGAAUGAGUCGGCUUUGGAAGAGCAGAAAGAUAGACAUGGGAGAGACAAAGGUGUAACCUGUGGUGGGAACGGCACAGCGAGUCAAAACUGCAGAGUGAGGGCCAUCUGGCAGCUGUUCAUCCAAAGUCUGAGGAUUAGUAGGCUUUGCAAGAAGAACACAAAGGUGAACAUGGGGCAAUGA